AUGAAUUGCAUCAGUUGGAACUACCGUGGUUUGGGCCAAUCACGGGCAGUUCAUGAACUCACCGAAUUGGUGAACAAACAUUCGCCCACCAUUCUCUUCCUCAUGGAAACAAGAGUAAAGGAUCACAAGCCAAAAACCCUUUGCUCGAAGCUCCACCUAGAGAAUGUUUUCAUAGAGCCGUGGGUUAAUACAGGAGGCGGAUUGGCCCUAUAUUGGAAUGAUGGAAUCAAUCUCAAAGUUCUGGACUCAACAACAAGCUUCAUUGAUGCAGUAGUUAACCCAGGAAUGGAUGACGCCUGGCCUUUUCGUUUUGAGGCGGUGUGGCUAAAAGAUGAAGCAUGUGAGGGAGUUAUCAAGAAGGCAUGGGAUGGUCAUAACUAUGGAGAACCGGUUGGGAGGCUUAUCGGCAAGGUUGAGGUAUGCAGGUCAAGCUUGCAAAAAUGGAGUAGAUUAAGUUUUGGGAAUAUUCGGCACAAGCUAAACCAAAAGAGGAAAAAGUUAGUCCAAGCCGAGUCCAUGUCUAUGGCUGGUACUAAUCAUGAACAGGUCCGGGUCCUAAGAAGAGAAGUGUAUGAGCUCAUGGUGAAAGAAGAGUGCUUGUGGCACCAAAGAUCAAGGUCGGAAUGGUUGAAGAGUGGAGACAUGAACACGAGCUACUUCCAUAAUCGAGUAACACAACGGAAUAAAGGGAAUUUUAUUUCCAAGUUGAUUUUGGAAGAUGGAACAAUGGUGACAGAUGACAAACAAAUUGGGGACAGAUUGGUGGAACACUUCUAG